AUGGAAGGCCGUGGCAGGCCAAGCUACUUCAACAUCGGUGAUGUGCCAGGUGAGCCUGGUAUGAUCCGAAGGAAUAGUAGGUCAGACGCUGCGCCGCCUUACCAGAGGCCGAGAGCAAGCAGUGUGCCUCGGGGUGCUGUUUUUAGUCCGGUGUCGAACUUGUCGGCUCUGGAACGGGGUAUGCAUCCAACCGGAAGCCCGGUGGUGGGAAGCCCAGCUGGCUCGCCGAACCCUCUUGGAGGUGUGUUGCCACCCCCACCAGGUUUGCCAGAGUUUGGUGGAGUUUCGCCAGUGAAUGCACCAUCACCGCCCACCGUGGAGACGUUUCUGUACCAGACGGUGCAGCAGCAGCAGCAGCAAGUUGCCCAGCUUACGUCUCUAGUUCAGGCUCUUGUGAGCAGGGAAGUGCCUGCGCCACCUACUGCGAGAGGCAAGGGCCACGGUGGAGAGCUUAGCUCCAUCUCCGAUUCGUCGGGGAAAAUGGAGGUUGAUGAGGGAGGUGCUCCCAUCAGGAAUCCCAAAGCUGAAGCUUAUGUUCCUAAGCUGCCUGCGAUUGAUGGUGGAAAGAUGAGCAAAGGCCGUCGCUCGGAGAUCGAAGGAUGGGCUGAGUUCCUAGAGCAAUUCCUGCCGUGGAUUGCUCUCUUUGAUGAUAGGAUCCCGGAAGAGCUUCAUCGAUCGAUUGCUUCUGAGGUCACCAUCAAGCAGUCAUCGCUUGAAAAGGGACAGAGCGUGCGUUCAACUAGGACCUUCUUGUACCUGAAGCAAGCGUUGCAAGGGUUUGCUCGUGGGCUUGACUUGGUUAAGCAAGUAGAGAAGGAGCAGCUUGGCUCCCCAGCUGGGUACGAGUGCAUGAGGAGGUUGCAUCAGGAGUUGUCUGUUGCGAGCCGCAUCGAGGCUUCGACGCUUCGGAAUGAGGCCCUGCAGUACCGCGCGAGCACUCCUGCCAAUCGUCCACUUGACAUGUUUCGAAACAUCCAGUUGGAGCUUGCCAAGUUUACCCGCUUGACCGCAGGGUUCCCAGAUCUUGCGUUGAGUGAGGCAGACCGUUGCAUGAUUGUUUUGAGAAACCUUGAUGUUGAAGUGAAGAAGUAUGUUCUUUUGCAUGCUAGGGUUGACUCCAUGGACCAGCUUGAGACUGCUUUGAAGUUUUAUGAUGCCAACCUUAAGAUCCUGAAUUUCCAAGAGAAGGAAGGAAAGGGAGCAGCAAAGGAUCACGCGAAUGCUUUGACCUUCGGAGACAAGGGAAAGGGCAAGAAGGGUGACAAAGGAAAGGAAGAAAAAGGAAAAGGAAAGGACAAAGGAAAGGACAACAAGAAAGGGAAUGAGAAAGGAAAGGAAGAAAAAGGGAAAGGUGGAAAGGACAAAGGCAAGGACAAGGGGAAGACUGCAGCCGCAAAGGACGGCAAGCAAGGUUCUGGAAACGACAAGGAGAAGGAGAAGGAGAAAGCAGAGCGCUUGAAGAACGUCGCGGCUGCCUCUUUGGAGCCUCAGAUUUUCGCAGCUGCGGUUGAUCUGAGUUGUCCGGUUGUUGAGCUUGAUGAGGAUGAUUGCUCGGAUUUUUCCCAGGAGGAUUGGGAGGAGUUCGUUGCAUCUUAUGAGUGUGCUUGGUCGGAGCCUGUUGUGCUUGAAGGCGGUGAGCCUGUUGCGCUUGAGGGUUCCAUGUUGCAUGUUGCGCUUGAUAAUUUUCCUUGUGACAACCCAAACAGAGCCACAGUUGAGCUUGCAGAGUCCCGCGGUGUCCCAAACAGAACCACAGUCGAGCUUGCAGAGUCCCACCAGGUCCCAGACAGAACCACAGUCGAGCUUGCAGAGUCCCCAGAGUUGAGCUUGGAAGCAGGUCGUUUUGUUGCAGAUUUUCAAAAUGUCGUUGAGCAUGACAUGUUGCAUGUGGUAGGUAGAGCUGACCAUGGCAUGGUAGCGCACGAGACAGCAGCAGCCAGCCAGCAGCAUGACACCAUGGAUUGGUGGCUCGUUGACUCCGGCGCGUCGGCCCACAUCAUCAACGAGGACACUUUGAGCCGGGUGCACGUUGUGAGCCACAGUGAGUCUGCCAGUGAGUGUGUUUCUGCAACGGGUGACAGCAUUGGAGUUCGGAGGUCUGCGGUUGUCAGGGUUCCAUUCGUUUUGGUUUCGGGCGAGACGGUGGUAACAGAACUCCAAGUGCUUGUUGCUCCUGUGAAGUUUAACCUGCUGUCCUUAGGGCGUUUGCUGGGCAAGAGCUGGGUUGUGGAUUUCCUGCCAAGUUUUAAAGUUGAGGCCGCUGGGUACGUUCUUCGCACGAGAUGGGUCUCCAAUUGCGGCCUUCUAAGAAGGAUGAGGAGGAGCAACCGGGCACCCGAGGAGUCCUCCUCCGACUCGGAGCAGGAGUGGCGCCUUUCGGGUCGCCGCCACCUGGCGGAGCAGCACGCGGCGACUGUUACGAGGACUCACGAGGAUUUCGAGGGAUCCACGAUCUUCUUUACGGCAACCUCGAUGGUGGGUCUUACGCCGGGCCAGAACCUGCUGUUGGUGCCAGCCGCGGAAGUGAAGAAGAAGACGGCAGAGCAGGCAAAGGCAGCUGCGAAAGCAGCGGCGGAGAAAUUCGUGAAGGAGCGCCAGGAGAGCGCCCAGUGGGCCAAGGAAGCAGAGGAAGCAAAGAAGAAGAGAGCCGCCAAAGCCGAGGCAAAGAAGAAAGCAGCCACAGAGGCCGCGGAGACAGAGAAGAAAGCAGCCACAGAGGCCACGGAGGCAGAGAAGAAGGCAGCCACAGAGGCCGUGGAGGCAGAGAAGAAGGCAGCCACAGAGGCCAAGAAGCCCAAGGGCAGUGUGGCCAGAGCAAAGGCGGAGCCGUCUUCGGGGUCAAAGGACCCACCGCAGCCACUGGUGAAGAGGCAGCCCAAGCCGCCCGUGGUGAAAGCAAUGCCAGCCAAGGUCCGAAAGAUCGUCUUGAAGAGCCGGGCCCAGCGCGGGAUUCCCGGGCAGACGGAGACUGCGCCGAGAAUGCUUUCGCAGCGAGCCAAGGAAAAGAAGAAGCAGGGCUACCUCAUGAAGGCCAUCAACAACGCCAUGAAGAAGAAGGCCGAGGAGCAGAAGGGCCCUCCGGUGCGGAGGACAUUGGAAAAACAUGUCAAGGACCACUAUGCGCAAAUCAAGGGCCUGGAGAUUCCUUUCGUGGAGGUGACGAUUUCCGAAGUCAUCAAGGAACCCCCAGGACCACCAGGAUCGCCAAUGGUACCGCAACCGAGAACACCACCUGCGCGAGCCAAGGUGGAGGCCGCGCGUGCAGCAAAGGUGCCACAGGUGAAGGUGGAAGGAGGCUUGGAGAUCAAUCCCCCACCACCGGUACCGCCGCGGAGGAGGCUUCCCACGCCACCGAGAGACCCGAGGUCAGCCGGACGAGGGGCCUCUGCGCCCUCAGAGUGGUCACCUGUGUCCAGUCUGCCGCCAUGGUCACCAGUGUCCAGUGUGCCGGUGGAUGCAAGGGCCAGGGAAACCCCAGCCGAGACGAGAGCCGAGGAGCCCCCAGCAGAGAGGAGAGCCGAGGAGCUGCACAUCGGGGACGACGGCAAGAUCUACAACUCGCGGGGCGAGGUGGUGGAGCUCGAGAGCAUCGAGAUAGACGCCCACCAUCCAGGAAUAUCCGAUGGUCCUUCUUCCUUGGGACUCUCGCUUCUGAUGCAAGAAAAGGUUGCGUUUGCAUGUGAGCAUGAUGUUGCCGUUGAGCUUGGUGAGCAUGCAUGUGUUGGUGGUUUGGGUGAGCAUGAUUUGCAGCAUGGUGAGUUGCUUGAGCAUGUUGGCCAGGACCGACCACAGCGUGACCGGAGCGAGGCCCAUGAUAGCCAGAGUGAAGCAUGGUUGCUUAGAGGGGAUCGGGAACUGUUGUUGCAGGAGAGUUGGGGUAAGCUAGAGCGAGAACAUGUUCUUAGAUCGCAUGUGCCGUACAAUGCGUCUUGCCCGCAGUGCGUGCAAGGUCGUGGGCUUGAACCCGCCAGAAGCCAGGAUCGGCCCCAGGACUCAGGGAUGAGAGAGGUGCAGAUAGAUAAGUUUUUCUACAAGGGCCUCGCUUUCCUGGUGUUGGUUUUGGUUGGUGCUUUUGCCCUCGGUGUAGUUCCGUACCGUGAGGUGAGCGGAUCCCGAGGCCCAGCAGCCAAGGAAGCCAUGUUGAGUGACAUGUCGGCAUGGAGUCGUAGCGUUGGCUUGGUUGGUGUUGCUCCCAGUGAGUUGACGGUGAGUGUGAAGUCGGACAUUGAGGGUGUUGUGAAGAACCUUGCGCAAAGUUUUGCUGAUGGUUUGACCGCUGGUGCCAUCGAGGUUGUGGAUGCCCCUGUUGGUCGGCAUGCUGUUGUUGCAGAGCGUGCUGUGAGGACCAUCAAGGAAGGUGCAAACACACUGUGUGCUGGGUUGGAACAGGUCGGCUUGGAGCCCUGCGGGAAGGGUGUUACGUAUCUUUUGAUGCACGUUGCCCAGGUCUACAACCGGUACCAGGUGCAUCCUGGAUCAGCGCUGUCCCCAGAACAGCGGUGCUUGAAGACCACCCGUGGACCGCAUGCCGCCUAUGUUUGGGGUGCUGCUGUGCUUGCCACUCCUCCUCCCUCUUUGCGUGAUAAAAUCACCGGCCGUUACGGCCACGCCGCCUACCUUGGACCAGAGGUCGGAAGUGGAAGCCACAUUGUGCAGUUUAGGCUGCGGGAUGGCACUUUGAAGAUUGCGAGAAGCGCAAGAAUCCGGAUGUUGGUUCCUCUCACUUUUGAGGUGUCGAGCUUGAAAGGUGUUUGUCGCAUGUUGCCCGGAAGAAGGGAUGAUUCCCAGAAGAAGCUCCCCGAGAGCAGUGGUGACAAUGUGCGCGACCUCCCGUUGCCGAACACCGCAACCCGAGGACCACCACCAGAAUGGAUUGAAGAAAACGGGAGAACCCCAAGGUGCCGAGCUUGCCGGCUGCGCGGUUUUCCAGCAGAUAAGGCCUGGCACACCCAGAAGUGCCGUGAUCGAUACGCUGAGUUUGUGAGAAACUCUUUCGAUCCCAGCCGGGCAAUCCUCGAUCAGGCCCCAAUUGAAGAAGAAGUGACCGGGCGUGAUGAUUUGGGUGCUGGAUUUGGUGUUGAUCUUGGGCUUGAGGUGCCGGAUGAUCUUGAUCCGUUCCCGAAUUUUCCAUUGGAUGAGGAUUUGGCUGAGUAUGAGCCCAGUCUGCCUGGAGUUGAGAAUGAAAUAGAGCUUGGAGAAGAACUCGAGCAGAUCGAGGCCCCGAGCCCAGGCGAGCUUGAUUUCAUGCAAGUUGAUCCUGAACCUCUUGAGGCACUCCCUGAAGAAGAGCGGGAGGCCAUGGUGUCCAGUAUGAUGUACCGAGAGUCCAUCUCCUUUGCUGGUGCGUCGGUUUGUUUUGCGGGAGCCGCCACCAAGGUUGACUUAAACUGGGUGAAUGUGCUUACUGUGAGUGAGCGUGAUGAUGGUGCCAGUGCACAGACCUUGCUUGAGCUCAAAGCCAUCUUUGCUGAGCAGAUCAAGAAGAAGGGCUGCGUGCCCGUGAUCCAGCUUAUCGCCGAGGGCGGUUGGCUCAGCACUGGAGGCUUCACCGUUGAUGGUUGUGCGCUUGCUAUGCGGGGCCGCGAUCAUCUUCUGAUCGCCAAGCGAUGGCGUGUUGUUACCACACACCCAGCAGACUUCGACCUCAAGAAUACACAGCACUACCCGGUAGAGCUUGUAAAGUCCUUCUUCGAAGCGUUGACGUUUAAGAUGUCUCUGGCUCCUUUCGCUGCCGAGCGUGCCAUGGUGUUUGGCCUGGUUGUGGAAGUGCAAGAGAAGCUUCUCGAAGUUCCGAGUGUAGGGCUUCUCACUGUUGUGCUUGUCCCACUGCUUGUGGGUGUUGCGCUUGGAGUGUGCUUGCAGAAGCUGCGUACCGAGAGCUCCCGCGUCCAGACUGUGCAGGACCUUCUUUCGUUUCUGCCAAGGUCGGGCCAGAAGAUGGCUGUCUUUACUUCUGCUUACG